AUGCCUCGUUCAGCUUGGAAAGGUCCCUUUUUUGUCUCAUUCCCUGGUUUAAAACAAGCUGUUCAAAAUGGAACACCUAUUGCAACACAAGCUCGUAGCUGCACCAUUUUACCGUCAUUUGUUGGAUUGAAGUUUUUAGUGCAUAACGGAAAAGAAUAUAUACCAGUUCAUGUGACCGAAGAGAUGAUUGGACACAAAUUAGGAGAAUUUUCAUUCACUAGAAAACGAUUCACUUAUCGUUUUACCAAGAACAAAUAA